AUUCGCAGUGUCGACAUGAUUACAAUACAGACUACGGUCAACAAUCAAACGAUGGCGUUAACGAUCUUGUGUCUCCUCGGCCUAUUGGCGUUCUCUCAAGCUGGAAUUUUGAAAUUUGAUCCCAGGAUCGUGAAUGGAGAAGAUGCUAAACCAGGCGAAAUUCCAUAUCAGGUUUCUCUUCAAGACCCAAGUGGUUUCCACUUCUGUGGUGGUUCAGUUCUGAAUGAAAACUACGUUAUCACAGCAGCUCACUGUGUUGAGGGCUCAAAACCUUCGGCUGUAAGAGUCAUUGCUGCCACCACCAAUCUGGAUCAGCCACAAGUGACGAAUGAAGUUGAAACAAUCCGCGUGCACGAGAAAUAUGACUCUUCUAAUUCUUGGAUUAAUGAUGUUGCUCUAUUAAAGGUGAAAAACCCCUUCAAAACAUCUGCAGUUCUCCAAUACGUUCCUCUGCCACCACCAGACCAAGUCGUUAAUGCCAACGAUGUUGCUGUUGUAUCAGGAUGGGGCAGACUUUGGCAAGGCGGACCAACCACUACUAAACUACAACGAGUCAACAUUGUGAUUGCUGAUCAAAACUACUGCAAAAAUGUAUACAACGACAUGGGAUACAACGUCUAUGCCACGCAAGUUUGCGCGUACGAUCCGCAAGUGGAGAAAGGAUCUUGCCACGGUGACUCUGGUGGUCCAUUGACCGUCAAUGGAAAACUCACUGGAUUGGUGUCCUGGGCGAACGGUUGCGCCAGUACCUCCUACCCGACUGUUUACACACGUGUCAGCUCUUAUAUUGAUUGGAUUAAAGCUAAUGCGGUCUAAAUCAAUUCUGUUCAAUUCUACGAUUCGUUCGCUGACGUUUUAUGAAAUUCGUUAACGAUCGAUUGUUGAAAUCGAAAAAAGAAGAUUCUUUUCUAAUGUAUAUACAGAUCAGAUGUGAUACCGAUAUGACAUGGGGUUGCACAAAAAGUAUAUCCUCAAAAUUUGUACACAUUCUCGAAAAAAUAAAUAUAUAGUUUAUGUAUA